CGCGGUCCGAUUUACCGCCCACGGAAACUGGGCCUGCUGCGGACUGCCGGCCCGCUUCGAACGCAUCAAUAGAGAAUAUUCGCAUUUCGCCAACCCCCGCGGCAAGAAAAACUUGAAGCGGAUCCCUUCUUUCCGCUACAAAAGGCAAUCUUUUUCAGUUACCCUGCGGCUUGCGGUGGAAUUUACGAGUACGCCUUUGCCUUUUUCUUCUUCUUGUUUGAUCGGUUCGUGAUCAGGGUAUUGAGAAUGGCGGCCAAAAGAAGCGUUGGUGAUCUGAAGGGUGCAGAUCUGAAGGGGAAGAAGGUGCUCGUCAGAGUUGAUCUGAACGUUCCGCUUGAUGACAAUCUUAAGAUUACCGACGACACUAGAAUCAGGGCCGCCGUUCCUACCAUCAAGUAUUUGAUCGAGCGCGGCGCUCGGGUCAUUCUCUGCAGCCAUCUGGGUCGUCCCAAAGGUGUCACUCCAAAGUACAGCUUGAAGCCUCUUGUGCCUAGGAUAUCAGAACUUCUUGGAAUUGAUGUUUUGAUGGCCAGUGAUUGUAUCGGUGAGGAAGUUGAGAAAACUGUGGCUGCAUUGCCAGAUGGAGGUGUAGUGCUUCUUGAGAACGUGAGAUUCUAUAAGGAAGAAGAGAAGAACGAUCCAGAGUUUGCUAAGAAAUUGGCUUCCCUUGCUGAUCUCUAUGUUAAUGAUGCGUUUGGAACGGCUCACAGAGCUCAUGCUUCAACAGAGGGCGUCACGAAGUACUUGAAACCUGCUGUUGCUGGCUUCCUUAUGCAGAAGGAACUCGAUUACCUUGUUGGAGCUGUUGGAAACCCCAAGAGACCUUUUGCUGCCAUUGUUGGUGGCGCAAAAGUUUCCACCAAAAUUGUAGUGAUAGAGUCACUUUUACAGAAAGUUGAUAUCCUUAUUCUUGGUGGAGGAAUGGUAUUUACGUUCUACAAGGCCCAAGGACAUGGUGUUGGUUCCUCUCUUGUUGAGGAAGAUAAGCUUGGGUUGGCAACCUCACUUAUUGAGAAGGCAAAGUCCAAAGGAGUAUCACUUCUGUUGCCAACUGACAUUGUUGUUGCUGACAAGUUUGCUGCAGAUGCUGAUAGCAAGGUGGUGCCAUCAUCUGCCAUCCCUGAUGGCUGGAUGGGACUCGAUAUUGGGCCAGAUUCCAUUGAGACAUUCAGUAAAGCUCUAGAUAGUGUUAAUACCAUCAUCUGGAAUGGGCCCAUGGGUGUUUUUGAGUUUGAGAAGUUUUCUGUGGGAACUGAGGCUAUUGCCAAGAAAUUGGCUAAUCUUAGUGGAAAGGGAGUCACGACUAUUAUUGGAGGUGGCGACUCUGUAGCUGCUGUUGAGAAAGUUGGGCUUGCUGAUAAGAUGAGCCACAUCUCUACUGGAGGUGGUGCGAGCUUGGAGUUGUUAGAAGGCAAAACACUUCCUGGUGUUCUUGCACUGGAUGAUGCCUAAAGUUAGUCCAACGUUUCUUUUUUAAGUACUGUAUUUCGGGUCAUCUCCUUAUGUUUGUCAUGUUCUUCUCUAGAGAGGAUUUUAAGAGCUGUGGUUCUUAGCUGAGCCCCACUUUUUGUACGGUGGUUUUGUAGAUGUGACUGAAUAAGGAAACCUUUCUUUGCGUGACUAAUGAGGUGUUUUAAACAAUUGUUAGCAUAGUGGAUAUAUAUCUGCUACAUAUUAUUUCUCUUGC